CUCUCCAUUCAAAAGUCUGUCUAAGUAAUAUAUAAAAUAAAAUGAAAAAAAGAGAAAAAUCGUAUAGUAGUGAGACCCAGAAAUUAUAGUCUCUCAAAUCUGAGUUCCCACUUGAAUCUCAGGAAAUUGCUUGGAAAAUACAAUAAUUGGAAAGAUAAGAAAAGGAAAGCAUCUUUCUCUUGCAUUUCCUCAAAAAAGAUUGCAACAAUCGAAGAGGAGCUUGAGAUGGGCCACCACCACGACGGUGGAGAUGGCGUCCCUCAACAUGUCAACAGCCCACGCUUCUCCGGACCCAUGACUCGUCGUGCUCAAUCAUUCAAACGCGGCGGCUCCGGAGGCAGCAGUCACAUCGGCGGCGAUAAUAACUCCUCCACCUUGAGAGUUCACCACGAGAUCGAUCUACCGCUUCACUCACCUAGAUCAGAGAUCUCUGCGGGCUCGGGUUUAGAUUCGAGUGCUGGAUUCGAAUCUGCGAUCAGUAGUAGGAAGCAGCACCAGACAUAUGGUGGUCAGUUGAGGGAGAGAGUCGUGAAAGGUUUGUUGAGGAAGCCGAUGGUUUCCGAUUUUAGCUUGAGAGAGAGGAAGAAGCUUGGGCAUUGGAUGUUCUUCGCGUUUUGUGGCGUGUGUUUGUUCAUGGGUGUUUUCAAGAUUUGUGCAACUGGUUGGCUUGGAUCCGCCAUUGAUAGUGCAGCUUCCGAUCAGGACUCAAUCCCUCGAGUAAAUCUGCUUGAUCAUAGCUCUCAUGAUUACAUCUAUAAAGACGGAGGCAGUGAUGUUGAUCCAAGUUUGCUUGCUGACGGCAACAGUGUGGUUGAAUAUUCAGGCGUCUGGGCAAAACCUGAGAGUGGAAAUUACUCGCAGUGCAUUGACAGUUUAAGGAGACGCAAAAAGUUAGCUGCUAAUACGAAUGGCUAUCUUCUCAUAAACGCUAAUGGAGGGCUAAACCAAAUGAGAUUUGGGAUAUGUGAUAUGGUUGCAGUGGCCAAAAUCAUGAAGGCGACUUUAGUUCUUCCAUCACUUGACCACAGUUCGUAUUGGGCGGAUGACAGUGGCUUUAAGGAUCUAUUUGAUUGGCAACACUUCAUUGAGGAGUUGAAGGAUGAUAUAAACAUAGUUGAGACGCUGCCAUCGGAAUUAGCAGGAGUCGAGCCUUUUGUGAAGACACCCAUAUCGUGGUCUAAGGUUGGUUACUACAAGAAAGAGGUCCUCCCGUUGUUGAAACAACAUAUCGUAAUGUACUUAACUCACACUGACUCCCGGCUCGCCAACAAUGAGCUUCCCGAUUCUGUACAAAAGCUUCGUUGCCGAGUAAACUACAGGGCGCUGAAAUAUUCAGCUCCAAUAGAGGAACUGGGAAAUGUUCUAGUUUCUAGAAUGAGGCAGAACAGAGGUCCAUACCUUGCUCUUCAUUUAAGGUAUGAGAAGGAUAUGCUGGCUUUCACCGGAUGCAGUCACAGUUUGACAGCUGCAGAAGACGAAGAAUUACGGCAGAUGCGGUAUGAGGUUGCUCACUGGAAAGAAAAGGAGAUAAAUGGAACAGAGAGAAGACUGCAAGGUGGUUGCCCCUUGACUCCAAGAGAAACCUCGCUUCUGCUGAGGGCUUUGGAAUUCCCGUCAAGCUCCAGGAUUUACCUCGUAGCUGGCGUAGCUUAUGGAAACGGAAGCAUGGAUUCUCUCAACACAAACUACCCCAACAUUUUCUCACAUUCAACGCUAGCCACCAAAGAAGAGCUGAGUCCUUUUAAUAAUCACCAGAACAUGUUGGCUGGUUUAGACUAUAUUGUUGCACUUCAGAGUGAGGUGUUUCUCUACACUUAUGAUGGGAACAUGGCAAAAGCGGUUCAAGGUCACAGGCGAUUCGAGAACUUCAAAAAGACGAUAAACCCAGACAAGAUGAGCUUUGUGAAACUUGUUGAUGCAUUGGAUGAAGGGAGAAUUUCUUGGAAAAAAUUCAGUUCCAAAGUAAAAAAGCUACACAAAGAUCGAAAUGGAGCUCCAUAUAACAGAGAAUCAGGGGAAUUUCCGAAGCUAGAAGAGAGUUUCUACGCAAAUCCUCUCCCCGGGUGUAUUUGCGAGACUACAGAAGAAGAAGAGAGCAUAAUGCGACGGACAUAAACAUGAGAAAAGCAUAUGCGUCUGGUAAUAUUUUUUAGUCUACAAUUAGCAAAAACGAAAAGAAGAAAGGGAUUGUGAUUAUUUUGGUAUCCUGAAGCCAGAGACUGAUAAUUACCAAAAGCUCAAGAUUGAGAAAAUGGUUUCAAAGAGAAAUUUGGGAACACUACAUAGACUCGGAAGGUAUGUCCAUCCUCCACAACUCAAAAUGCCAUCGACAAAGUUAGCAUUGAGCUAUUCCAUGGAGAUUUGUGAAAGUGGAUAAACAAAGAUUCAUUGUUUGUAACAGUACAAUUUUCUUCUUUUUUUAAAAAAAAAACUCUAAAUCAACUUUUGUUCUUUCACACGAU